AUGCGCCCGCCGCUCAGCCUCCUCCUGGAGGUGUGCACCGGCUGCACCUUUGCUCUGCACUUGCCAUCCAUGCGACUGCCCCACGGGCGGAGACUGGAGACAGCUGAGAAGGCUCUGCUGUUCGUGGGAGACAUGCACGUACUAAGAUAAACAGUCUCCUCACAGCAGGAGUACCGGAAGGAACACCAGGCCUACGUGUUCCUGCUCUUCUGUAGGGCCUACCUCUACAAACAGGGCUUUGCUCUCCCUGGCUCCAGCUUCCUGAAUGUUUUAGCUGGUGCCUCGUUUGGGCCAAGGCUGGGGCUUCUGCUGUGCUGUGUAUUGACCUCAGUGGGCGCCACUUGCUGCUACCUGCCCUCCAGUAAUUUUGGCAAACAGCUGGGGGUCUCCUACUUGCCUGAUAAAGUGGUCUUGCUUCAGAGGAAGGUGGCAGAAAACAGAAACAGCUUUAUUAUUAUUAUUAUUUUUUUAUCGUUUUUGAGACUUUUCCCCCUGACACCAAACUGGUUCUUGAACUUCUCAGCCCCGAUUCUGAACAUGCCCGUUGUGCAGUUAUUCUCCUUCUCAGUUCUUACUGGUUUGAUACCAUACAAUUUCACCUGUGUACAGACAGGCUCCAUCUUGUCCACCCUAACCUCCCUGGAUGCUCUUUUGUCCUGGGAGACUGUCUUAAAGCUGUUGGCCAUUACGCUGGUGGCAUUAGUUCCUGGAACGCUCAUUAAAAAAUUUAACCAGAAACACUUACAAUUUAAUGCAACGAGCAGCACUAAUAUCAACAGCAGAAAAGACAUGUGAUCUGGAUUUCCUGUUUGCCUU